CCUGCACUCACGCCAGUUCACUUGUAAACACUGAGGUCCACUUACAGUAAGAUGAUACGGCUGACACCAACCACGUCAAUGAAUUCCUCCAACUUUAAUUUCACCUUUCAUUCACCGGUUUCAUCGACUAAUUAAAGAGGCGGUUGCUAAGAGAUGACACUCUGUGACAUUGGUGAGAGCCUCUGAUGUAGCGAAGCCUCAAGCUCCACUUCUCCAGGAUCCUUUUCCUUUCGAAGCUCUGUCUGUGUGUGCCCUGCUCAUGUGACAGACGAGGGAAAUAAACGCUCUCGUAUCAACGGACUCACAAAUACCAUGGCAACCUUUACUGCUCCUCGUGCCACGACCAACGCCAAGGUGGCCCGAACUUCAUGGCAAAGGCAAGGGAGCGGCGACGAGGCGAAGAAUGGGGAGGUGCGACAAAACACUAUUUUGGAGAAAACCCACGAGUUCUUUAAGAUGUGUGACAUCGAGAACAAGGGCUUCAUCUCCCGACGGGAUAUGCAGAGGCUGAACGCUGAGCUCCCUCUCAGUGCGGAGGAGUUGGAGAACGUAUUUGAUACCCUCGAUACUGACGGCAAUGGAUUCCUCACCCUCGACGAGUUCUCCUCCGGCUUUAGUACGUUUUUAUCAGGUCAGAAGAUUUCAGUAGAGGAAGGCAUGGGGGAGAAGAACGCCUGUAAAAGCCCGACAGAGGUCCUGUACCAGACCCAGUGGGAGGAGAGCCUGGCGAGACCAGACAAGGAUGAAGAGGAGAAACACUUUGGCAUGCUCAUGGAGAGCCUCGGGGCGAACAGCGUCUUUGAAGAUCCUGCUGAGGUGCGCAGUCUGUGGGCCACGCUGCGCAGAGACGAACCUCACCUUUUAUCCAAUUUUGAGGACUUCCUGUCCAGAGUGACGUCCAAGAUCAUAGAGGCCACCCAGGAGAAGAGGGAGAUGGAGAACGCUCUCAAAAGGAAAUCAGCAACACACGAUAAUGAGAUCCAGCGCCUUUAUGAGGAAAUGGAGCAGCAAAUAAAAAGUGAAAAAGAGAGGAUUGUCCUGCAGGACUAUGAGCGCUUCCUGAGUCGCAGUCAGGACCUGGAGCUGCAGCUGUCCAGUAAGGAGAAGGAGCUUGAACAGCUCUUUCAGAAGCAGAGAGGGUUGGAGCAUCAGUGCCACGAUCUUCACUCUGAACAACAUGAGACCAAGGUGGAGAACGUGAAGCUGAAGAACACGAAUGACGAGUUGUCCCGGGAGCUGGAGCACACCAGCCAGGAGCUGAUGCUGGCCCAGGAUCAGCUGAGUCUGCUGCAGGACCAGUCCACACGGCUUCAUGAGGAGAAGGAGAUUGAAAUAUACAGACUGACUGAGGGACUGCAGAGAGAGCGAACAAGCCUCCUCAAACAACUGGACCUUUUGAGGGAAAUGAACAAACAUUUACGGGAUGAGAAGGACAUAUGCUUUCAGAAUCCAAAGAAUUAUAGGAAAACACCAAGUUUGAGGCCUUCAAUGAGUGUUCUGAAACAUACAAACACAAACAUCUUCAAAAGUGACGAUGAGGAGGAGAUGACCACCAGCUCGGCGAGGCACAACCUAGCCAACGGGUCGAGCCAGUCCUACGUCAGAGCGAACACAAGAGGACACCUCCAGAGGAUCAUCUCCAUCGAGGAGGACCCCUUCCCCAGCUUACUCCAGAAUGACUCUGUAGCCCAAACUCCUCUUCAGGAGUGCAGUGAAGAAGAGGAAGCCUCUGACAAUGAGGAGAAUAUAGACUUGGUGAUGAGCGAUAUUCUGGGAGCGUCUUCUGCCCAACAGCAAAAGACGGAAGAACAUGUGGAGGAAAGGGAAACCCCCACAUCUCCAAGGGGUCAGCCUGUUGGCAAGGAAACCAGCAUAACUGUGGAAGGCGGUCCUUCGCCGCCCGACCGCCUCUUCAAGAUCGUCCUGGUUGGGAACUCCAGCGUGGGAAAGACGUCCCUCCUCCAGCGAUUUUGUGAUGAUAGCUUCCACCCCGGCACUUCUGCCACUGUGGGUAUAGAUUACAGUGUAAAGACAAUUAUUGUGGAUAACAGCCAGGUGGCACUGCAGUUAUGGGAUACAGCAGGACAGGAGAGGUAUCGUAGCAUCACCAAACAGUUCUUUCGAAAGGCUGACGGAGUGGUUGUGAUGUAUGACAUCACAGCCGUGCAGAGCUUCACCGCUGUCAGACAGUGGCUUACAAAUGUAAAGGAGGGCGCAGGCGAAGACAUUCCCAUCAUGCUCUUGGCAAACAAAACGGACAAGGAGAUCGAGAGACAAGUUCAGAAAGGAGUGGGCGAAAGAUUAGCCAAGGACGGCCAAAUGGCCUUCUAUGAGUGCAGUGCGUUCACGGGACGCAAUGUGGCGGAGUCCAUGAUUCAUUUAGCCAGAAUCCUGAAGGAGCAGGAGGACCGAGAGAAGGAGAAGACGGUGCAGCUGGUCGACGGCGGACCCUCAGAGAAGAAGAGAUCCUGCUGCUAACAGGAAACACAGCUAACACACACAGUAGCACUACCCUUUACUAAGAAACAGAUGGAGUAACCACUGAGGACACAUUAUUAUGAAAGUCAGCUCAACUCCUCACUGUCUUCCACCUUGUGCCGCUCUGGGUAAACACCAGAAUUCAUAGCGUUUGUACGUUAUUGCACAUUGUAAACUGUCCAUGUUAGUGUGAAAAUAACCUCAAGUUUCAGGAAGAUAUAGUAAAAUAAUAAUAAAAGUAAGAAGAAUGUAAGAACAUUCUAAAGAAAGAUAUAUUUAUAUAAACAACUGAACAAAUGUAAGUUGAACCAAGACCCUUUUGAGUCAAAUACUUUUUAAUGUUGGGACUGCGGAUCUCAAAAUAUUUAUUUAGCUUCCGAGAAAACUUUAUAUGUCACCUCUGGACGUGUUCCCUUAAAUAUCAAUGUUUUAAUUCAGUGUUAUGUGUAUUUUUUGUAGCUGUUCAGCUUUUGUACACAGACAUAAGUCAACAACAGUUAAAUGUAAUGAAUAAAAAUAAUGUGUAGGGUUUACGUAUAGUUUGUAAUUCAUUUAUUAAUUAGGUUGUGAACACUUUAUGAAUCAUUAAUAAGCUUUUAUAAGACAUGAGAUAAACAGGGCAACUGUGACCGGUUG